CGGCCGGACGGAUGCAGAAAAAAACUAUGUCUCAUAGAUGAACCGAGACACAGAAGAGACUUCUCGCCUGGUUGAGGAGCACGAUGCGGCGGUCGAUGACGAAGAUGAGGGCUUCUCUGAACUCACAGCUGAUGCCACAUUGCUGGAUUUGAAGGUUUCUCCAAUCGCCUCCUCCACCGUGGCUCCCAGUCCCUCCUCCAGGCCUCUUCUCUGCACUGCGGCUCCAGGCAUCUACUCCAUGCUGCCUUCCAGCAUAUCUGAGGCUGGAGAUACCUCAGAUGAAACUAUGGCUGUUGAUGACCAGAACGUGCCAGGGUACGAGCACGUGGACAGGCUCACUGAAUACUUGGUUGGGCUUCUGGAGCAGACCUCCCUCUGUCUCACCAACGUACAAGCGGACUGCACCACGGAGCUCUGGCAGAGGCUGGAUGUCGGGGACAAGCAGCGCGUUGUUUAUGCAGGACACCACCAGCAGAGACUUUUAACUGGACGCUUUCGUACACCAAAGAAGCCCUCCAAAACUCCUGGUGUGGAGAGCACAACCCGCUGCUGCUCAGUGCCAAGCACUUGUUCUACAUCAGGUUGUCCGGCCUGCAGAGAUGCAGGGAACCCACCAGCAACCCCCAAAAAACAGCCCAUAUAAUAGAACUGUCCAAGCAAACACCCGCAAAACAAUGUGGCCUCUUCCGCACAGCAAAGACUGGGCAUAGCCACUGUAUUGGGAGGUUUACUGCCCAUACAAAGCAACCGUGGUUGGAGGAGAUGAGGAAGGUGGCAAAAUUAGGUGUUUCAUUUUUGUAAUCGGUUUUAUUGAGUGUUGCUUGUGAUGUUCACUUUUAGAGGUGAAUCUGUUUUUAAUAUUUGGUUUUAGUAUUUUAAGCCUUUACCUAUUAUAUAUUUUUUACUUUUUAUUUUUGCAAGGAACAUCCCAAACAUAUUUGUGAAUAAAUUUGAAGACUUUUAUUGGCCAACAGUUUUUAUAGAAAAAUAAAGGCAUAUUAUAUAUGUACUUAAAGUAUAGUAAUUGCAAUCAUUUUCUGAAAGAAAAAAUUACUCACUGUGCAGAAUGACACUGUUAAACAGAGAGGUCAAAAUGGGGGGAAUGAUAUAUUAAUUUAGUCCUUUUGAGAUGGUAGGUCAGCCUUCCAUAUACUGCCACGGAAGCUGAUUGUUCCCUGCAGCCCCAUCUUCCUCCAUCUUGUACUGUUCUUUCUUUGACAUCUUCUAUAAAAGCAAUACAACAAGAAAUAAA